AUGGCCCUCGCUGCCCUCCCCCGCCCACUGCGCGCCGCGUCCCCAUCCACAAACUACCAGCGCGCGCCGUCGCCGUCCGCAAGCCCGCGCGUGCGCGCGUCCGCCUCCCCCGCCCCGCACCACCCCGCGCGCGCCGCGCGCCGGCCGUCCAUCGACAAGGAGAACGCCCCGCCCGCAGCGAGGAUGGUGGAGCCUGCAUCGCCCAAAUCAAGCAACGGGUACUGGUCCGACUCGCGCUCGGUGCGCAGCGGGAGCGAGGACGAGGGCGGCGGCGGCGCCGACGGCGUCGCCUUCCCCCGGCGCCGGAGCGCCAAGUCGCCCCCCAUUGGCGUGGCGACGCUGCCCACCGUGCCCGACGACGCCGAGCUCAAGUCGGACGGCGAGCACUCGGUCUUUAGCGACUCGGCGCCGCCCCCAUCCCGCUCCGCUGCGGCCAUCGUGUACGACCAGAAUGGAAACCCCGUCAUCCGCCGCCGCCGCCGCUCGUCGAUCAAGACCAAGCCCCCGCCCGGGGUCACGCCGACCAAGGCCGUCGACUGGGAGAUCCCGCGCAAGACGUUCCACUCGAGCAUUGGCUUCGUCACGCUCUACCUCAAGUACCUCGACCCUCCGACGCUCGGCCCCUUGAUCAAGGUGCUCACUGCCCUGCUCGCCUUCAUCAGCGCCAACGACGCGCUGCGCCUCAACAUCCCCGCGUUCGCCGAGGCGUGGGAGGCGACCGUCGGCUUCCUCAUGCGCGAGUCGGAGCGCGACAAGAUCAACGGCACAGUGUGGUACCUCGUCGGCGUCAUCUUCGUGCUCGCGCUGUACCCGCGCGAUGUGGCCGUCGUGUCGAUCCUGACCCUCUCGUGGUCCGACACUACCGCUUCGACUAUCGGCCGCCUCUGGGGCAAGUACACGCCGCCCCUGCCGCCCCACUUCCCCGGCAUCAAGUGGCUGCCGUUUGCGCCGCGCAAGUCGCUCGCCGGCUUCCUCGCCGCCGCCGUCACUGGCUUUGGCAUCGGCGUCUUCUACCACUGGGAGAAGGGAACCUGGGCCAUCAUUGACGGUGGCGUCCUCGGCCUCAUCGCCACCGGCGUCGUCGUCGGCCUCGGCGGCGCCGUCGUCGAGGCCCUCGACCUCGGCUUUGACGACAACCUCACCCUGCCGAUUCUCAGCGGCGCCGUCGUCUGGGCCUGGCUUGCCGCCACCAACUUCAUCCUGGGCUACUAA